GCAUACAAAGCAAAGUUUACGGUUAAACCCUGUAGGCCUGUACAGAAUACUCCGAACCAGACUGCGAAGAAACUAUGCCGCUCGAAUGCCUUGAAGCGCAGAUGCAAAACAAGUUUUAAAGCAUAGACUAUCGUAGCAGAAUGCGGCAACACAUCAGCUUUUUGGCAGCGCUGCUGGUGACCUUGGCACAAGCUGGCUACCUGGACACCGCGAUUCACUGCAGGAACCAGGAGUAUUGUUCUGCUGGCAAGAUUGAAGGCUACUUUGGCCCCCUGGACAAGCCGGAGCAAAUUCAGGAAGCAUUCAGGAAGACGCACUGGAAAAAGGAGCUGAUUAUCUUUGCCGAGUCUGCAUACCACCGCGCGGCGCAUGCAAUCGAUCGGUACCGGCGUGAAGGCUAUGCACACGUCCUCACCAUUCUGUCGUCAGCGGACGAGUGUGGGAGGCUCAUACAAGCAUUUAAGAUGUAUGACCACCGACACCCGCACGAGAGGGCUGGCAACCUGUCUUGCGGCUGGUACCGCAACACGGAUGACAGCGGCAACCACAUCGAAUCGGGUUUCGAGUACAUGAAGUUUCAGAUCGGCGCCGCGGCCUGGUGGUGGAAGUACUUCACUGCGGCGCGGGCGGUGGCGCUGGGCUACAACAUGAUGGCCAUCGACCAGGACACCAUGAUGACGGGCGACUUCUACCGGUUCGCCAAGUCGCCCGCGGGCCGCGAGUACAACAUGUGGUUCCAGGCGGAGGACCCCAACGCCAUCAACGCGGGUACGGUUCGUGUACGUGCAGCGCACCUGCAGAACGCCAACCCCGCCGGACCCUCUUUCUAUCUUCUCUACGAGGCAACGCAUAGAGCAGUGCGCUGGUCGGAGGACGCCUCACUGCUGUCGGCGCUGGACCCGGCGCUGCUGCUGGGCGAGAAGGGCCGCUUCUACCGGCAGGAGCAGACCAUCCUGACGGACACGCUGUUUAGCUGCAUGGCGGGCCGGCCCGUGCACCGGGCCAUCAUGUACGAGGUCAGGCGGGACGAUGCCUGGGCCAAGAUCGGCGGCAAGGAGGCCUACCAGAAGUAUAUCGACUCCUUGACAAUAGACCGCUGGUGGUACAAGACCCUGACGCUGGACCGCGAGCUGGCGGACUACGUGGGCGGCGAGGCCUGGCCCGACAUGGCCGCCAGCGCGAGGGACGGCGAGGGCCGCACCAACGUGACCUUCCGCACAGCCACACUGUACCAGCCACACGCCAACGGGCAGUACCCCAUGCUCCUGGGCGGCCGGCUGUUCUCGGACCCGGGGCCGCUCACACGGGCCUUCCGCCAGUCCUUCCGUGACCUGGGUGUGCCGCAAAUGCCCGACCAGGACGACCCCAGCCAGGCCGCAGCCGCCAACGCCACCAAGCCAGAGCUCUUUGCCUUCACCAACAUUGACUUCGGCGACCAUUUCCGCGGCGGCUGGCUGGAGUCCACGUGGCUGUUCUACGGCCGCUACGGCUACUGGAACAAAGCCAUGAGCCCGCGACACACCAACCUGAUGAGCCACGUGCACGCACACCUGGGCGCGUCGGACGAGUCGAAGGUGCACGUCCUGCAACACAUAGGCUGGCACAACUGGCACCUGGCGGCCUCGCUGGCGGGUGGGCCCGCACACAUCUUCUUCGCGACGCAGCAGGACGAGCACGCACUCAUGACGCUAAGCCGCGGCGUGGUCGCUUACGCGCCCGGCGUCAUCCACUACGGGCUCUCUCGGUCGCAGUACCUGGAUGCGGUGGAGGCUCUGGGGCAGGUGGCGGUGGCGCUCAACGCCGUGGCCGCCUGGCCGCCAGCGGACUGCAGCAGCGACUGGGUGCUGACGGAGUCGGGGCGGAACUUGACCAAGCCCAUCCGCCACACGGUGCCCUGGGUGCACCUGAACACGCGCCACAUGGUGCAGGCGUUCGGCCAGUCCGUGGACCAAGUCAAAUGCGACUGGACUGGAUUCUUCACCUAUGGCUGCACGCGCAACAACAACGGGCAUGGCCGCGGUCUGCUGGGCGUUGAGUUUGACGCACUGUUGGAGCUGAAAAACGUGCAUGGCCCGGACGCGGAGCACACCCUGCGCCUGGUGGCGCCGCCCGGCUCCAACCCUGCGCCGCCGCCCGCGCUGAGCACUGCGGUGACGGGGGUGCGCCACUCGGACCUGGUGUCCUGGAACGCCGACCUGGUGCUGGGGCUCAGCCGCUGGGGGCAGCCGCUGUGGCUGGACCGCCUGGUCAGCAUAGAGGGCGGGCUGGGCGGCAGGGCCGCCGCCGCCUACACCGCCUGGCGCACACAGUGCCGGGGGCUACGCUACCGCGAGCUGGCGGCGAAUGAGCGUGACGAUUUUUAGGCGUCAUGCAUCGCAAAGCGCCCUAACUUGGUAUGGGCAUGCCUGACCCCGUGAAUCUUUCAUGCACUUCAUUUGGUGACGGCGCUUUGGUGUGACUGCGUUGCGCCGGCACGCUGCGGGCCCUGUGUCAUGGUAUUGUUUCAUUGACUGUGGACCCUCGAAGGGUUCGUGAUCAAGGGGCAUGUAAGCAUCAGGUAGGCGACCAGGUAGCAUAACUUGUGAGACUGUGUUGAUUUGCCUUUGUGGUGUCCAUACAGAAUGCAACCAGGCACCUCGGGGGGUAGUCCUGACGAGUGACCAGAGCCGAAUGACCUCCAGCUUUCAUCUUCAUCAUUGAUUGUGGGGCAGUAAGGUCCGGGCGGGGGUUAGUGUGUGGCUGAGGCAGUGGGUUAAUACCGUAUGGGCUGAGGCACCUUUGGGGCGUGGGCGCCCCUGCUCAUCAAGGCCAUCAGAGCCCGGGUCACAGCGAGUUUCAGUACACUAUGUUUUGCUUUUGAGUUGAGAAGCUAGAUAGUUAAGCAGUUGGAUAAGGUGGAGAUGUGAAGUGAUCAUACUAGAACGAGCGGAACGUGCUCAACUUGUGGCAAGAGUUGCACACUAGCUACGUCGCACCCUUGCGGCUAACCGGACCUACCCGGCAUGGUCUGAGCCGGUCUGUGCAGUUGACGGCCUGCUGAUAGACCCAGGCUGUCGGCCUGCCGCGUGGGGCUGUCAAUACAGCGUGAUCAAGCAGCGGCGUGUGCUGUCAUCGUAUUAGGCCACGCUUUGGGCCACCCGGAGGUGUGAUGGUAGCCGCCUCACCCUGGUUAGCGCACGUGCUUGAGUGAUGUGACGCGCGGCAGCAGUUACAGUCUCUGAGCGAUUUUGGAACGCACAAUGAAGCCAUGUAGCGGUCAAGUUCACUCGCGGCAUCGAACCUCAGCUUGUCAG